GGAAGGGGGAGCAAUACAGAGAAACUGAAAGAGAGAAAAAGGAAUGGGGGGGGGCGGAUAAAGCAUCAAUGAAACAGCCUCAUUCUGUCUGAGCACCAGCAGACCUUCCCCCCACCCCCCAGCUGUCUGAUGAAUACGAGAGCAGACGAUCCAGGCUGCUGCCCCUCCACACUGCACACGCGUCUGCAGAUGGGAACAUUCUCCUUCUUGCUCCCGAUGAGUGGAUAGCACAGACAGCAGCAUGGAAGCAGAAACAGCCCGAAUGUGAUAGCCUAUCUUGCCAAUUCCCCAGGAAAAUCUCAUCAAACCUGGCCUCUGGACAUCCCAGGUUUGUAAGUCUAUAGGUGUCCAUUUGCAAUGCAGCCUGAAAAGUAACUCAACAGAAGAUUCUUCUCACGUCCUUGUUCUCAGCAUGAUUUUCUCCACUGCCGUGGUCCUUGGUGCCACUCUGGGCACUGCAUCGGGCAUCCUUACACUCUGCGGACUGUCACUCCUUUGCAAAUCUUACCGGAAGGGGCAGCUGGAAAGGGAUGAUUCGCCGGACCCUGAAAAGGCCAAGCAAAGUGUCCUGCACUCUGCUCAGCAGUUCAGUAUCAAAAAAUCGACAGAGCCCAUCCAGCCUCGAACACUACUGAAAUUCCCUAAAAUCUACAAGCCGAAGCCAUCGGUGACCUCUCCUGAAGUGAUUAAUUAUCCAGAAAAUGCAUCAGACACGACUGACGAGUCCUCAGCUGAAAAAAUUGCCACUGCCGAGCCCGACCAUGGUAACCUAGCAACAGAGGGAUCCGAGGAGGUCUUCAUCAUCCCCAGGCAAGACUCCACUGAAGAAAACACCUCUGCUGUGGAGCUGAGGAAUGGGAUGAUUAAAAGACACUCAAUAGUUCAUCCCAAACUGCAUUUCUCCCUUAGAUACCACGCUGAGAAAAAGGAGCUCCAUGUUACAAUCAUAGAGGCAGAGCAUGUGAGCGUGGAGGUGGGCUGUGAAGGCUAUGUGGCAGGGAGACUCAGCAUAGCAAAGGGGCAUAAAGAGGCCCAAACCUCCACAAAGCGUCUGACAGCUCAUGUGCAGUGGGAAGAAGACCUGGUGUUCCCCCUACCUGGAGGCUACGAGGAGGAGGGUGAAGUGGCCCUCUCUCUCCACAGCUGUGACCGUUUCUCCCGACACACGAAUCUGGGGACCAUGAGGUUCAAGCUGGCCGACGUGGGAAUGAUGUCUGAUGCUGACUGCUGGGUGGAUCUCCAGCCGCCCAAGCAGGAGGUGAACACAUCUGCAGGGGAAAUCCUGCUGUCCAUCAGCUACCUGCCAGCAGCCAACCGUCUGGGUGUGGUGGUCAUGAAGGCCCGUGGGUUACAGUCAGACAAGCUAAAGGACACCAUUGACUUGUCAGUGAAGCUGGCCCUGAAGCACCAGUCUACCAAGCUGAAGAAGAAGCAGACCCGCCGUGUCAAGCACAAGAUGAACCCAGUUUGGAAUGAGAUGAUGAUGCUGGAAGUUCCCCGGGAGCUGCUGGCUAAAUCCAGCCUGGACCUGGAGGUCCUGAACCAGGCUGGUGGGGAGCUGGACUCCCUGGGUCGCUGUCAGUUAGGCCUGCAGGCAUGUGGUACGGGGCUACAGCACUGGAAGCAGAUGCUAGACAACCCUCGGAAGCAGAUUGCCAUGUGGCAUCCUCUGUAUGCUUGAACCCGCCCCCUUCUCCCUUCCCCAAAACCAAGAUAGACAUUGACAGCCCUGUAAUCUAUGUCAGUUCUAGCCCUGGAGGGAAACUACAGUCUUAGCACUUUCUCUACAGUUCUGUUCAAGUCAGUAACAAUCUCAAUACCAAAACAAAAUCCUCUCUAUAUGGCUGAAUAUGGUGGCUGAGGCCUAUUAAAAAGACCAAAUAAAGAUUUGACUUUGAGGCUCUCCAGGACCAGAACUGAGCCAAAAUAAAACAUCACAGCAGGUACAGCAGUACAUUUCAAACACAAUGGUCAGAGCUGACCUCAGGCUCAGACUCUUAUAUCCAUAUAGAAACAAUCAUGCUUUGUGCACAUCAGCAGAAAAUUCUGUAUAUACAUUUUGCUGACCUCACCUCUCCCAAACUAGCUCUCACACUUAAAUAGAGAGUAUUUUUGGGAGGCAUGGGUGUUCUUUUCCACGAGGUAAAGCAUGUCUAAACAUGUAAUGUGUUUAUUCUUGUGGUAUAUUCUAUUAGUGGGUGGGCAUUUGGUUAUAGGGGCUUCUGGUUUUGCAACUGACUUUAUAACACUGUCUCUAAAAUGUUCCUUAUGAGGUUUACUUCUAAAAUUGCCUCUAAACAUUUUCCCGUUAGGAUACAAGUAAGGAGGACAUCUGAAAACAAGUCAAUAGCAUUUUAAUUAGAGGAGUCAUAAAACUGUGACAAACAAUACUUUCCUGAUUGUAGAUAAUAACAGAAUAUAAUUACAACAUAUCUAUAUGAAAAGUCUGUGUAUUUUUUAAUGUAAUAAAAGCAAAGUAUAUAAUCUCAUUUACCAUGGCCCACUCCCUUACAUUCAUGCAGAAAUUCAUAUGGGUAUCUGGCAAGCAAGUGCUCAGUUCAAGACAAAAAGAUCAGAUUCUGAUAAAGAGAUUGAUCCUCUGUCUAAAUGCCAAAAUCUUGCUACUGAAGCACAAAUAUAAGAAUAUUUUGUGGCAUUACAGUAUCAUUUAAUAAUAUAAAUGAUAAUAUUUAUAUUAAUUAAAUGAAUAUUGUUAAUAUUUAGUUAAUAUUGAAAUGAACCACAGGGUCUACAGAAUAUUAGGCAGCUAUACUUGUACAAAUGAUAUAUUUUGAAUUUCUAAUCAAUAUGGGGACCAUUAGGGUAGCCUUGACCAGUAAUGGAAGCCCAUUAAUAAAUCAAUAAAGACAUGCACUUAGUUGUACAUUAAGUUCCAUGGGACUUCCUUCUAUUGAUCUUACGAAAUGGUGAAGUUUAUCAAUCCCUUGCAGAGAACAGAGAAACAGGGGAAAAUGACAUUUUCCAACCUCAUUAUGUGUUGGUUUAAGCUUCUUAAUUUGUUAACCAACUGCUGGUUAAAUUUUAUCCCUUUUUCUUUGUUGAUGGUGUAUAAUAUCUUACUAAUUGUGUUUGUGUUCACUCUUGUUUUGUGGAGUUUGUGACUGGCCAGAAUAUAUCAUCCAAUCGUGUCCAUGGGCCAAAAACAAAACAAAAACAUUCCAUGCAUGAAAAAGCAGAAUAGCUGCUGCUUCCAAAACACAUUUUUAUUCAGAGCUGAAAUAGUCUUGCAUAAUGGAUUUUUACAACCAUUUCCAUUUGUUUAAACUGCAAGGGUUUUAACUAGCCAUAUGGUUUUAUUACAUUUAGAAAUAAAAACACAGUAAACAGAUGCAUAUUAAAGCUUAGUUGCUUCUCUUUUCACACCAUUGACCCUUGUCUUGCAAAAAAGUGGGAACAGACUGGUAGUCAAUAUCAUCCCAGGGUUACACUCUAAAAGAGAGGCUGUCACAUCCAGAAAACAGAGUUCUGACUCAGAUGUUGAGAUACAAUGAUACACUGAGUGUGCCAACUCCCUUCAGUGGCAGAAAGAAGAGUCAUAUUGGAAAAGAAUAAUGAGUUUGUUAUGUACGAGGUGACACCAAGCAUGAGCCAAUAAGAGGUAACUGAGAAACAGGUGGAGGAACAUUUGUGGGUAAUUUCAGCAUCCAAUUGCUGAAAGACAUGGAACAAACAGGUUGUAAAAACCAACACGUGCAAUCUGCAUCUAUUCUAAGUGAU